ACCGGAAGGGGCGGGGCCGGGGCCUCCCCGCCCCGGGCAGCGCGGGGCCACGCGGGUGGCGGGGAUGGGUGACUCCGUUCCCGCAGCCGCUCGGCAGCCCCCGCGGGGCCUCCGUCGGGCACGGGCGUCCUUCGUGGACGAGUCGCUGUUCGGCAGCCCCGCGGGGGCCCGCCCGCCGCCGCCCGGCUUCGCGCCUCCCUGGGCGGCCCGCGGCGGCCCCCGGCCGAGGAGCAGGUGCAGGCCCCGGAGCCACACGCCGUCCUUCUGCGACGAGUCCCUCUUCGGUGCCCGGGCGCCGCGGAUGAGGGAAGCAGACGUGGCCAAGCUCCAUCCGCUGCUCUGGAGCCCUCCGCCCGCCCCCCAGGACCAGCCCGGCCUGGCCGCCCGCUCCCGGGGGACCCCCCUGAGAGCCGCCCACCCGCCGGCUCCUGCCUCUCCGCCGACAGCAGGCUUCGAGACGGGCCCAACGGGCAAGUCCUGCGGCUGGAAGCGGCCCGAGAGCAAUUCUUGCUCCACAGGCCGGGGUGCUCCCGGCAGAGGCCGUGCCCAGUCUCUCUGCUGGCUGAGCACCCCCUCCGACGGGCUCCACCUGGCUUCAGACAACCUCAAGACAGAAAAGUGUAGAAAACGGAGCCCCGCGACAGCCCCCGUGACCCCCCCAGGCCCUGUGACCCCCCCAGGCCCUCUGAUGAGGGGUCGGUCAAAAAGCGUGUCUGGACCCUCUCUGGCCAGCAGCUCCAAGGCAGCGGGUGGCUGCAAACCCAGGCCUCCCUGGAAGUGAAGCCAAAUGUCCCUCUGGGCAUAAAUACAGCCUUAGCCUACCCGAGACAUCCCAAGUCCGUGAGGACCCCGGGCCUUUCCAUGGCUGGAAACGAAGGACGAGGCUGCUCUGUGCUGGAGGACGAGCCAGUGACCUCCCUGUGCAAGGCUCAACCCUGCAGCACCAGAGCGGGGCAGCCCUGGUGGUAACAGCAGCUUCUGUUGACUGACUGGUGGUUGCCAGAUGAAGCAACAAGUUGGGUUCCUCCCGUCCAGGAGGUCCAGCUGGGAAGCCAGAACAGCAGGAAGGAGGACUGCCUACAGUGGGGGUCCAGGGCCUGUCUGGGAGAAGGACCAGGCACAGGUCUUGGGAGGAUGCUCUGGGCCCCCCCUGAAACCAUCCCUUCUCCAGGCUGAGCGAGACCCGUUCUCUCAGCCUCUGCGCACAGGAUGUGUGCUCCAGCCCUGACCGUCUCGGUGGCUGUCUGCUGGCUUUGCUCCGUUUCAUCCAUGGUUUAAUGGUCUCCUUUGGCAAGGAAGGAGAAGGGAGGAUAAGCACAGAGGUGACGAAUGGUACUGCCCUGCAUCUUGCUGGUGGUGGGAUGUCCCCAAGCUGGAUGGGGUUUGUGACAGAGAAGGAUCUGCCGCAGAGAUUUCAGCAGCUUCUGGUGGUGAGGACCUGCGGACUGGACAUGUAAUCCUAUGGUUUGUAUGGAGGGUUGAGGUGCUCUCACAGCAACGCCAUGCUCGUCACCAAAUAAAUGGUCCAAAGCAAAUCUGCUGGGGCCUCAUGUUUGGUCCGUGGGGUGCUGCUGUUCGAUCUGGGCACAGCUAGCAUCUCUAAAGGUUGUCUAAGCAAAGCAGUUCCUCAAUUUUUCCAUUCCUGAGGUGGGAAGGAGCAACUUGGCCUGUAGGAAUACAGGUAGGGAGACAGACAAAGGAAUGGGCCGGGUGAUCUGGGGUUUGCAGCCAGUGUCACUGCUCCCCUGGGAAGGGAGGCUGUAGUGACGAGCCACUGAGGUCAGGGAACACAGGGGAGUUGCUGGGAGUUUGCUAAUUCCCUUCCACACAAAGGGAAAUAUUUUUCUCAAAUUCACCCAAGGACAAACAAAGCCAGGUUAAGGGCAUCUUUCUGCCCCCAGAAAUUAUUUUAUUGCCACCUUGAGCAGCAGGAGGAUUGGGCCUUGACCCACUCCAGCAACAUCGAGGGCACUGAAGCUAGGAAGGCCAGCCAGGAGCCUGCACUUCUGGUCCAGUCCUGUUGGCAAGAAAGGUUAUUCUUGCUUUUGAAAGAACAGAGCUCAACCUAAAACGGUGAGGCAUGUUGCCGUGCCACUGCUCUAGUGUCUUCUGUCCCUGACAGCCAGCCCUGGCAGGCUCGGGCCUUAGUGCAAGUGCUAUCUCAGUUAAUGCUUGUAAUCUGGGAGAGCUGAGCCCCAGGGGAGCAAGCAGCCUUGCUGGGAGGAAAAAUGGAGGACAGGAUGGAUUUUGUGCUUAUUUCUUGGCCUUCUUGCCUCCCUUUUUCUUUGUGUUCGACGUGAGGAAUGUCUGGAACAAGCAGCUUUUCUGGAUGCAGGUGGCAGCACAGGUCGUGGCCGUCUCCCUCACAUCCCGCUCGUUCUCCUGCUGCAUUCAGCACUCCUCAGUCCAGGAACAGUAGGUAAGCACAGUGUGUUUCUCCUUUGGGGCCAAGCUUUUUCCUUUGUGCAGACAGCAUGAAGUGCCUCUCGCUCAGCCUGGCAAGACAGCAGAUGCCAGUUACUGCAAGCUUGAGGGCCUUCAGCAGGUUCUCCCUGCACAUCCCUACAGAGGUAUCCUUUUACAUAUCUCAAAUCCAUGUAGAACUGAGCUGCUGAACUGAGUUCGUGGCUGCUGAACUGAUCCUUCCCAAAGGGACCAAAAAAGGAAAUGUGCCUGAACGGGACUUUUUAAGAGGUGCCAGGUCCAAAGACCUUCAUGACCCUUUGAAGCUGCCCCCCUCCCCAGCUUCCCUACCUUGCAGACAGCCUCCAUCCUCUGACGGGGCCUCUGAGUAAGGCACAUGCAGGUCAGAGCCUGCUUUGCCACCAUGCUGAAGAAAAUGCCACACUUGUGUGGUUUGGAUGGGGCUGAGCCUGAGCCAAGAGCUUUGCUGAAAAGCAGGUUCUAUCAGUAGUGCUGUGACCCAGCUAAUGCUGUGAGCUGUUGGCUGUGUGGGAAGAAUCAGGCCGUGUCCACCUGCAGAAGGCUGAGGAUGGAUAGUCUUGGUGGCAUUGGGCAGUGAUUUAUUCCUUGCCCACUGCACUAGAGAGCCACAUAGAGGAGGAAGGUUUGAGGAGCCAGCAUUUCUGGGGCUCAGUACUCCAGCCACCCUGGCAGAUAGGAAGGAAGAAUAACGACGUCAUCAAAAACCUGCGAAGGUGAGGAUGCUUAGAGUAGCUUUCAGGUCUCUCCCUACACUUUGCAUUGCGGCAGUCCAGCAGCUCUUCUCCGCUUGGGUGAAAACUGUAGGGAUGUGGAAGCAAUCAGGGCCUUCUCAGAGGAGGUGCUGCAGAUGCUGACGUGAAUCUGAGCCUGUUCAACUUCACCUGGAUGUUGGUACAGUGACAUGCCAAGCUGUUAAAAGCCCGCAGGUCUCAGGAGGGCUGGCAGAGAAACCGAAGUGUAAUUUGGACACUAGAUGGAGACAAGAGGGUUAAGGAUUGACACGGAAGCGAAAGCCCCGUUCCCUAGCAGCAGGUGGAUGAAUCAGAUCCAGUGAGGCAAGUCAUCAGCAAACUAGGGUAACUGCCCCAAAAUCUAGGCAGCAGAAAACUGCUGAAUCCGAAAGCAGGACACACGCUGGAGUACUUGAAAGAUGAAGCCUCUUAAAAUGAAGAUAUUUUUCUCUGAAAAACAAGUUGACAGUGGCUGGUAUGGCCAGGGGUAGCCUGUUUACCCCCACUGCAGUGUUCAGGCUCCAAGGAAUCAACAGGGGAAGCUAAAGCCCAGCACAUCAGCCACAUGCUUUCCUGGCCCAGGUUGUCAUGGAGGGCUCCCAGGCCAUCAGGAGGUCAGAACUGGCUCUUCCUCACUAUUUACACCACAAGGACUAUGUCAGUUAAAAUAUAAGUGCGUAUAAAUGGGUUACCUGGA